GACGUCGGUUGCCGUCGGCGCCCUUUCUCCGCCGCUUUAUGUGCCCUUUUGACCGCUUUAUGUGCCCUUUUCAGUUACACGUUUAGUGCGAGACAAACGAAACGAGUUCUGAUGCGGCCAACGAGGCAGAAGACGACGGCGCUGUAGGGGCAGACUGCGUGUGGCCGGGACAAGCUCAGGUAACACUACUCACACUGCACGGGUCGUGUCUGCUGCUGGCCAGCGCCACCACGAACCGGUCCAAUUGGACUGGCUCGCUAAUCGCAGCGUUUCAAACACCCCGGCGGAACAGCCCAAAGGCGCCCCCCCACGGGGGGUCUGGACUGCGCUACGAAGUUGUGUCGCGGCUUGUGAAGGCAGGCUCGGACAAGCGCCCCGUUCACUUAUUGGUUGUUUACUGGCACAUCUACAACCGUGCCCGUCCUUUGUUGAGUGCACGAGCCCCGCUCGGUUCUGUACCCGACUCUCGAACACGCCGCCUGCGGCGAGACGAGGCAGGCCUCCUGUCGUCCGGUGAGUCGCGUGUUCGCUGGUUUCACUCAGCAACGCAAGACUGGGAGACUUCCAGCUCCUCCUCGUCCCACUUGACAGCGUUCCUUGAGCCGCGCUGAGAGACGAGCCGCCCCGUGUGCGGAGACAAGGAGGCCACCGCGCAGGACGUACAGACUCAUCCUACCCGAGCUGAGAGCAACAGCUGAAUCGGACCCGUCGCCUUUGGCUGAAACCAUGAAGACGGACGUCCCCUACAACAGGAUGGUGGACCUGGAGUGGAGGAGAGAGGAGACAAACCGGAGGGCGCAGGCGUACUACAGAUGCAUACUGGGUCUGGCAACGGUAGCCAUCGUGCUGUUGGUCACCAUGGCCCUCCAGAACCUUCUGAUGCCGGGGGUGUCUUCCUCCCAUCCUGCCCCCAACCCCAGGCUGCCUCUGCCCCUCGCCAGGUCCUGUUCAGACCCAUGCAAGAUCGUUUUGGUGGAGAGCAUACCGGAAGGGCUGCAGUUCAACUCCAGCGUCUCGCACCCGUCCAUCUACCAGGCGUGGCUCGACCUGAUGGAGGACGCUCGCAGCAGCCUCGACAUCGCCUCCUUCUACUGGACGCUCACCAACAAAGACACCGGCACUUAUGAGCCAACAGCCCGACAGGGUGAGGCCGUUCUGGAGAGACUUGCGAAGGUGUCGGGGAAGCUGUCUGUUCGAAUCGCCGUCAACACUCCUCAGGAAAGUCAGCCACAAGAUGACCUCAAGCUGCUCAACAGCUCCGGGGCAGACAUCAGGACAGUGGACAUGAGGCAGCUGACCUCCGGAGUCCUUCACACCAAGUUCUGGGUGGUGGACAAGAAGCAUAUAUACAUCGGCAGCGCUAACAUGGACUGGAGGUCCCUCACACAGGUGAAGGAGCUCGGGGCCGUGGUCUACAACUGCAGUUGCCUGGCAGCAGACCUGGGCAAGAUCUUUGAAGCCUAUUGGUUCCUGGGCCAGAGCGGUCAAAAGAUCCCGUCUCCCUGGCCCAGUAGUUUCUCCACCCCCUAUAACAAGGACACGCCCCUCCAGCUGCCUCUCAAUAACACGGCGUCCAGCGUUUACCUUUCGAGCUCCCCCCCGUCAUUCUGCGCUGCAGGCCGGACCCCGGACCUGCAAUCCAUCCUCAGUGUGAUGGAGGACGCCAACCAAUUUAUCUACAUUGCUGUCAUGAACUACCUGCCCACCAUGGAGUUCUCUCACCCCAAAAGGUACUGGGCCAACAUCGACACCCAGCUCAGACGGAUGGCGUACGAGAGACGGGUCAAAGUGCGUCUGCUGAUCAGCUGUUGGGCCAGCACCCAGCCCGUCAUGCUGCCCUUCCUGAGGUCGCUGGCCUCUGUCCAGGACCCGAAGAGCAAACUGGACAUCCAGGUGAGGCUGUUUGUGGUGCCUGCCAACCCCAAGCAGAAGGAGAUUCCCUUCGCCAGAGUCAACCACAACAAGUAUAUGGUGACUGACAAGGUGGCCUACAUAGGUACGUCCAACUGGUCGGGGGACUACUUUGUGAGCACAGCCGGCUCAGCACUGGUCGUCAACCAGACCGAAUCACAGACGCCAGAGCUCACCGUUCAGUCCCAGCUGAAGGCUGUGUUUGAAAGGGACUGGUACUCCACCUACAGCACACCGCUCAGCCAGUCCUCCGACCUGCGAGACCUGUGUUAGUUCGGAGUCUGCCUGUGUGUCGGACACACUAUGACCAAGUUACAUGUACGACCAAGUUAUACGAUAUGAACAAUGUCUCGGUUUAGCUUCGAUCUUCAAGACACAAAUUUAAUGAAAAUACUAAAUCUUUACUGUGCUUAAGGCCUUUUUCCACCGCACGAGAAGAAACAGGAAGUCGUCCAGACGGGUGCUGGCGGUGACUGCAGCUGGUUUCCUGUUUUUGUUUGACCCAGCUUUAUCUCCGAGCCGAAGAGAACGCCGCUAACCUCACGGUGAAGUUGUUUCUGGUUAAACUUGGCAAUAACCGAGCCACUCGAGGGACGCGGCCUAUGUAACCAAUCAGCGAUAAGCAGUGCUGCAAGUCCCGCCCCUAAGCUCCUGUUUGUUGUGAUCAACACUAGCCCCUCAAAUGUUACCAAAAAUCAACGCUGCAGAAGUGCACUGGUGCCAUAAGAAACACCCAAAACUCCUCUGUUUUCUAGUGCCGGAAGUUCCCGUAGAGUUUGUGGAGGAGCAGGAGCGAAGAUCCUCCCACGGCGGGCUCUCCUCGCCUCUCCUUUUUAUCAGACUCAAAUAUCCACGCAACAUACGCUACAGGAUUUGAUGUACACUUGCAUUCAAAGCACUUUACAUUACCCGUGUGCGUGUGUGUUUAUAUAUAUAUAUAUAUAAUUUUGUUAAAAGAAACACUCAACAGUAGGGAAAGUGCUCAACAAAUAAGGAGCAAUAUAAUCCAGGCAUGAAACAGGCUUGUACUGUCUUUAAGGACUAUAUAUAUAUAUAUAUAUAUAUAUAUAUACAUAUAUAGUGUGUGUGUGUGUGUGUAUAUGUGUACGCACACAUUCACAUUUCACACACACGGUGAAGAAAGCAUUGUGCUAGCAUAGAUCACGUGCCGUGUCAAGAUGUAUGAGUCCUUCAACCUGCCUCCCGUCCUUCAUCUACAUCUUGUGUCAUGACCGGAGGGUCAGAGCUUCCAGCAGGUCUCCCCUUCUGGGUCUGUUCCAGGAAGUGUUUCUAUCGUGUUUACAUUUAGGGUAAUAUGUCACUUUCGUAGACCGCCGAGGAAACCAGUCCUCGCCGGUCCCGUAACCCAAAACCCGUUUGUUAGCCACAGUCACACCGGAGAGCUGCUCAGCUCUGACGGCCUACCUGAAAAAGCGGCGUCGUUUUGUGCGUUUGUGUAGCUGGAAGAUGAGUAGCUGCUUGACACACAGUCAGGUGAGACUGAUGGUGAAGUGUCAAUCAAAGUGUUUUUAGGUCUUUAGACCAGUAACAAUGAGCAACCAUGUUAAAUUUAGCUGCAGGCCCAAAUUCCAUCCAAUAAUAAUCCCAGAUGUCGCCGGCCUCCCUCACAGCCCUCCAUACACAUCAGCAGGGCCCACCCCAACCGGGCUCAGCCCCGCAUUCCCUCAGCCCUGCUAGCUACGGAGCAGGUUAGCUGUUGGUUAGCUUAGGGUUAGGUAGCAGUGGAGGUCAAGUCGGGUUCAGGUGGGUUAGCUUAAGUUAUGAAAGCGUGUGGAGGGAACAGGCCCGCUGCCCGGCGCGAGGCCCGGCAUGCUGAAGUCUUGGUGUUCUGAGCCGGCUCGGUCGGUCAAAUGAAUAAACCUGCAUCACCCGUGGGCCUCCUUCUCAGACACGGCCGACGUACCACACGCUCCGCCGCUCCAUCGUGGAGUCGAGCUGGAACCGUCACCCUGCCAUGACGAGGCAGUCGUACGUCGGCCAUGUUUGAGGAGAGGCUCUGUAUGGCGCGUGUUGGGAGCGCCUCGCCCCGGCUCGUCUCGGGGGCCCCGGCUCGUCUCGGGGGCCCCGGCUCGUCUCGGGGGGUGCCGCGUUCAGACCUGACUGGUUGAUUGGUGUGUUUUAUCUAUUCCUUGGUUGACACUUGGCUUGGUGUGGUUGUGUCCGUGUUGCUAGUAUGAGCUUUCUGGAGCUUUUUCUUUCUUUCUUUUAGAGAGUUGGUCGUAUAGUCAUCAAGGAGUCUCUAUUUAAAUUGGAGCGACGACGAAUAGACUUAGUUUCCACCGUGUGGAGUUGGUGCAACGACAAAUCAAGAGGAAAUAUUUUGGUCUCGUCAAAUGGGCUGCUGACAGAUAAGGGCCGCGAUGGCUGUACGGCAACGCCAGUGAUCAACGUGUGUAUAUCAAAUCAUCUACCUCCUUUUCUGUUUGUGCUACUCUUUAAUAAACCACUCCAGAUGGACACC